UAAAGUUAUUUCUUAUAACCCAUAUGGAGUGACCUGGAGCAAAACCCGGAUUGCUCCAUAUGGAGUGGUCUGGAGUAAAACCCGUGUUGCUCCAUAUGGAGUGACCUGGAGUAAAACCUGUGUUGCUCCAUAUGGAAUGACUUGGAGCAAACCCCAUAUAGAGUG